AUGACUAACAGGUCCGACAGCGGCUCAAUAUCAAACAUAUUCGGGGCAUUCUUUGAAGCCUGGCUGGUUCGCCAAGAACAUUUCUUAGACGAACUUCUCUCGGCCCAACAACGAAUCAAUGAAGCCCGAGACGAAGACCUCAGAGAUUUGGUGUAUCGGGUUCUUCUUCAUUAUCAGCAGUACUAUGACGAAAAAUCGAGGAUUGCCCAGCGCGAUGUUUUCCUAGUGUUUUCUCCCCCGUGGUUCACUUCGUUCGAAAGGUCCCUGCUUUGGAUCGCCGGGUACAAACCGGGUCUCGCAUUCCGGCUCCUGACCGAGUCGGUACCCGAUUUGUGCGACGGGCAGCGGGUCAGGAUGGGCCGGCUGAUGGAGGAGACCCGGGUGGAGGAGCGCGCGCUCAACGACAAGCUGGCGAAGAUUCACGAGAGCGUGGCAGCGCCGCCGCUGGUGGAUGUGGCGCGGCGGUACGGGAGGUUCGCGAACGGCGAGAUCGUGGAGGAGGACGUGGCGAUCGAUGAGUUGAAAUCGGCAUUGGAGUCUGUGCUGGCGAAUUCGAACUUUCUGAGAACGACGAUGGCGACAAAGCUGGUGGAUAUGCUGAGCUCGGCUCAGGCGGUGAGGUUUUUGGCGGCGGUGGCGCAGUUUCAGCUGAAGAUUAGGAGUUUGGGUUUGGAGCGAGACGCGGACGAACAGAGGGAAUUGAAUGGCGGUGGUGGUGGUAAGAGUCCAAUUGGUAAUUGGUAA